AUGCCAUUGCUCCAGCUAGAUACCUUCACAACAGAUGACGCUCUGCACGUUGUUCUCGUGGCACCCAAGUUGUCGGCGUCCUCCAAUCUGGAUGGGGGACUCAUUUUGGAAAUGGCUGCAGCGCACAUGCUCAGAGGCCUGUUCGACCUGGAUGGAAUCUCGCAAGACGAAGUACAGGCGGGUGCACCAGAGCAAAACGAGCGAACUGCAAAACCGGCGGCCGAUCGCACUGAUCUUCGCUUCACUCUCGCGCCCGCCGAUUCGGAGCUCACAAGCGUGAGUCAGCAGAAUCUGAAGCGGCAGAUAGAAAGCGACCCAACUCUCCUGGAUGCCCUAAAACACGCUUACCUCGCACAGCUGAAUGGCUUGAUGACGCUUGCUGACUUAGAUGGAGGAGCAACUGAAAAGAGAGCUCGCAAGUCGACACUUCGAGGAAUAGAAGCCGUAGCGCUUGAAGACUUUCUGAAUCCUGGUGCAGAUGACCUUACCGGAACCACACUGAGGCUCGUUCCCCCUGAGGAAAGACCCAGAGUGGCUCAGAUAAUGGAGGGAAUGACACGGCUUCAACUGGCACACAUAUACUACAUUUCUCACCUUGCGCCAGAUACAAUCAAGAAUGCACGCGACCUCCUCGACUGCCUGGCUCGGGCGGCUCGGAAACAGACUUCCUCCUCAGACGGUCGGGGCGGUAUCCCAGCUCUGCGCAGCCGGAGGGAGGUGGAGGGAGCCCCAGUGGAUGUCUGUUCUGAGGGCUUGACCGGGGACGAACUGGUCCGCAAAAUUCCAGUUUAUGGGACUCUUCUGAUACGGGACAGUCGCGGACAGGUACUCUUUAACCCGAGAGGAGUCAUUUCUCCUCACACUGUCUUGAGCAUCGUCAAGCCUAGAUAUACACACGCUGAUGACCGCCGGAAGUGGCUUCCGGCAUCCGCAGACAACCUACCUCGCCAUGGAGCAGACAUCGUUCUUGUCGAGUUAACCAUGAUGACGCUAAACGGAAAGGUCAUCGUGGAUCAGGAAAUGAACCCACUGCGUCUGCGGCGGCUGGCGUCGCUUCCAUCUCGUACAAAGGUCCAUCAGGAGGAAAACUUGAUGCCCGUGCUGCAGCCAGUCACAAAGGUCUUCGGCCAUCUGGCUGGCCUGCUUCCCGGGAAAGUCAAUAAAGCAUGCAAGGGUCUUCGAUACUUGCUGCUGCUGCAUGCUCGCGACCUAGAUCUACGACCCAGGCUAGAAGAUGAUCUGAAAGGAUCCUCGCCUGCGGACUCUGUGAAGCCGACACCCUUGCGAGAGGCAGAGAUGUUUCUAAUCUCCGCAAUAGCCUACACGGCGAAUGUAGACGCGACGAAAGUCCUCCUGUGUUCCAUCCGCCACUCGCCUACAACAGUUGCUUUCAGAAUUGACACCGACGAAUACAACGACCCCAUCCAGGGCGCCAGUUCGUGGAGAGAGGCCAUGAGCAGCCAUUUCGCUCCAGUGCGCAGUCUCUUUGAUGUCGACUUGAGCCUGCCUGCUGCGUUCACAUUAGCUGCAAGCGAGCACGCGGACCCCGAGCAGACUACUGAAUCAGAGACCGCGUAUGAAUCUGACAUUCUCCUCGAUUUUCUCGACCUGAAGAGUGCGCGCCAAGGUCUGACAACCGCACGAGAGAGCAGCCCUGCGACGGCCACGGCUGCUCAAGCCAGCGAGAGAUUCCUUUCUCCGCGCGACGGCCGCGGCAAAAACACCGCAGACGAGGCUGACGAAAAGCCCGGAGGUGCACACUUGGACGGCAGCAAGCAAUCCGCAGGCGAGACUGGAGAAGCAGGGGAUCCCCACCGCGGAAUCGCUGGACGGAGUCAAGGCGACCCUGGCCUUUUUCCAAUCAGAAUCCCGACUUGGGUCUGGUCGCUGGUCGGGGUGGGACUCUGCCUUCUGCUGGCAGUCGUCGUGGUUGUUGUGGUUCUCUUUGCCUACUACCUCCGCGACAAAAAAGCAGCGAGCCAGCUAGGCGCCGCCGAUGACAUCGGCGGCAGCAAACACGGGGUGCAUGGCGUGGGAGCGCUCAGUCACGAGGCGCCGUACUUGUAUCCCGUGCGGCUUGAGAGUUUCAACUGA